AUGCCGGAGAGUGGUUUCAUGCGACCGGGUGAUGAGAUAAUAAGCAUACGUGAAGUGUGUUUGAAUGACAAGUUUGAUAAGAAGGAAUUGGGAUUCAAUGGCGAGCCUCUACUAUCGAAUUCUGGUAGAAAUGAUCUGGACGUUCCUCGCUGUCUAUUCCGCGAUGGUUUCUUCUCGGACGGCUUAGAACCUCAACAGGCGAGGUUCGCAUGGACGGAGGAGGAUGGCAACAUUGCUUCUCUGGUCUCCGAACCAGGGUUUGGCACCACUGGACAAACUACUUUUGGCAAGGAUUUGGAUGCCGCGCUUAAAAGUGAGAUGAAGGAGGCUGAUACGUCAAGUGCAGUUCUUCAGCCAACCAAUAGGAACGGACUCACUUUCAGUAAAAAAAUCUUCGGCGAACCUCAUCUUGUGUCUUCUACUUCUACGGCAGCUGCUGGACCAGGUGCAGACAGAAGCAAGGGCCCUGGCACGUGCAAGGUUGACAAAGCAGACCCUCGCUCCCGUUUCCACUACGUCAAGUACGUGAAGAGGCAUGGACGAACUGUCAAGCUGUGGGAAUGUGGCAUCUGCAGUCGCGAGUUCCAGCACCAGUACACCCUGAUGCGUCACUUGCCAACUCACACGGAUGAGAGGAACUUCCACUGCGUGGCUUGUGGGAAGAGCUUCAGACAGCUGUCUACCCUCAGCCAGCAUCGGGCUAUACAUUCUGCUGAGAGACCUUAUGCUUGCGAGGUAUGCAACAAAACGUUCAACCGUGUGUCCACCCUGAUCUCCCACCGCAAGACCCACUCCGACGAGAAGCCUUACAAGUGCCACAUCUGUCCCAAAGGAUUCCAUCAAAAAGGCAACCUCCGCAACCAUCUAUUCACACACACCAACGAGCGUCCCUACCGCUGCAACAUCUGCCUGAAAGGAUUCAACCAACAGUCUAACCUGGUCUGCCAUAAAAACAAGGCGCAUCCCGAUGAUAACAACUGUCCCCCGGUCAAUGUUAGAGGCAGGUCUACUACUCCCCGGAUCACUCGUACAGCUACGGAAACUCAACCAGAUUCUACCAGACCUCAAGUAGAACACUGCGAAGUGACAUCCUCAGUAGGACCAUAUCUCCCAUCCGUUGAAGGCCCUUCAUCAUCAACUUGGAACCCAAAGCCAGACCUCUGGGAAAUCCCCAAACCUUACCUGGAAACUGGGGACAUCUGGAAUGAUGGUCCAUGGGGGUCUAUGAGCAGUGGGGUCAUAGUAGACCCCAUCAAGACCUAUCAUAUGGGGGUGGCGUUGGCUACACGACAGACCCCAUUUGCGUUAUUGAAGCCUGAUAAUGGAAUUCCUGUGUUGGUGAAGGUCAUUGAUACGAAGCUCCCAGGUGGAAAACAGAUGCUUGUGCCAGCUACAGCAGAAGAUUUGAGAGUGGGCGGCAAAAUCGUUCUGAAGAAUGACGCUGAAGGUGGUAUUGCACAGCAUGGCGACAUAGAACCUCGCUUGGAACCAAACGGCGCAGUUCAGAUCCGAGUGCCGGUGGUAGCUACAGUGGUCCCUCGCAUCAAGCCUGGCGGGAGACUGACCCUCAGCGUGGAGGAACCGCACCAUGCUUACCAUACUGCUUUAUCUGCUGAUGUAGGUGAAGUAAACGUAGAACCCUGCACCACUCGUGAUGACCCUCGCGCCGGUCCUUCUGGCGCCAUCACCCGUGUGGAGCCGCGCCGACUGGACUCCUGUAGCGGGUUCGAAGAUGGACUGAGGACUGGCACUCGAAUAUCGUCGACGUGUGCGUUGCCGCCACCAGCCCCGUCUCCGCCGCUCGAUCUCAUCGCGAUGGACCUGUUUGAACCGAUGGAAUGCAUACCAUUAGGUCCUCAAAUCACGGCAGUAGACAACAUCGACCAGGCUCCACCUUCUGAUGACUCAGACAUCUUUAUUGGGGAGUUUGAGAGUCACACUGACAUAACGCCGGCACUAUAACAUCCAACGCAUUUGGGACAGCAGUGGAUGCCGCAAGCUAGCUAGGCCUAGUUACAGGU